AUGGCCUGGCAGAUGACACAGUUGCUGCUUCUGGUUUCGGUGGCUACUGCGUGGGGUGCCCAGUCCAGGACUCCAGGGGCCAGGAGAGACCUGCUCAAUGUCUGCAUGGAUGCCAAGCACCACAAGACAAAGCCGGGCCCUGAGGACAAGCUGCAUGACCAGUGCACUCCCUGGAGGAAGAACGCCUGCUGCUCACACAACACCAGCCAGGAGCUGCACAAGGACCCCUCCCUCUUGUAUAACUUUAACCUGGACCACUAUGGGCAGAUAGCCCCUGCAGCUAGCCAUGUUCAGGACAACUGUACCUUCUGAGUCAUCGCCAAUCUGGGGCCCUGGAUCCAGGAGGUGAACCAGAGCUGGCGCAAGGAACGCUUCCUGGACGUGCCCCUGUGCAAGGAGGACUGUCAGCACAUGGGGGGGACUGCCACCUCCUACCACCUGCAGAGCAAUCACGGAUCGAAAGGUCGGCCAGACCUGCCUACACAUUUUGAGACCUACUUUCCCACGCCCGCAGCCCUGUGUGAGGGCAUCUGGAGCCACUCCUACAAACUCAGCAACUACAGCCGAGGGAGCGGCCGCUGCAUCCAGAUGUGGUUCGACCCCGCCCAGGGCAACCCCAACGAGGAGGUGGCCAGGUUCUAUGCCUUGGCCAUGAGUGCUGGGGCCAUGCCCCAUGGGAUUGGGCUUCUCCUGCUCAGCCUGGUCCCCAUGCUGCAACUCUGGUUGCUCAGCUGA